AUGGCUUACAAAGACAUUGUCCCCGUGGGCACGGGUCUUAUCAUUUGCGCAACCUCGUUUGCGUUGGGUGUCAUCUACGCCAACUUGCCUUACGAUUAUUUCACGUUGUGGACUUUCGAUCCCAAUGGCAUUGAACGUUCGGUGGCACACUAUAGUGCAUGGGCCAAUGCCCCAAUGAGAGUGCACCACAUCUUGCAUGUGGUAGCCCUUUUGGGCUUGAGCGGCUGUUUCAUCAAGUUGUACAAGCCCCACCCUGAAAUCAAGUACUUUGAGUAUGGAACGUUGGGUUUGAUGAUGGUGGCUAUCGUUAUUUACUUGACCAACUUGAGAAUUGGCGUCAACAGUGCCUUGACCGGCUUGUGGGGCGACGUGGACAUGGCAACGGGUAUCAAUGUGAUGGCCGCGUCGCAGUUCAUGAUGGUGGUGGCGUUGUUUGGUGUCUUGAUCUUGCAAGGUGGCUUGUACUAUGCCGAAUGGUAUGACAAGAAGAUCCAGCAUGAGUUCCUUGAGAAGGAGAGAGCCAGAGCCGAGGCCAGAGCCGAGGCUGCUGCUGACGCUGAAACCAAGGAGGUGCCAUCGGCCACUGCUUCUGGCGCUGAACCUAAGAAGACCGAGGUGAAGAAGACCGAGAAGAAGAAGUCGAAGAAGAAAGCUUAG